AUGGGUAUCCUCGACGCCAUCUUCGCUCGUUCCGGCUCGCUCAAGCCUGUCUCGCCUCCUGUCGGCCGCUACCCGCACAUGAUGCGCUCGAGCGAGACGACGCUCGCGAUGAAGGAGAGCCUUCUCUCGAUCUCGGGUGACGACUUUAGCAUCCUCGACGCUGUGAUCCAGAAAACGCUCAUGACCUGCAGCGGCAAGAUGUUCUCCUUCCACGACCGCAAGAAGAUCUACGAUGCCGAGGGAACCAUGCUCUACAACAUGGCCGACAAGAAGAUGAGCAUGGGUCAGGCCUUUGUGGUCGAGGACGCCAAGGGUUCGGACAUUCUCGUCAUCAAGAAGAAGUGGAGCCUCGGUUCAAAGCUUGUUGCCGACUUUUACCAGGACGGCAAGGAGAGUCAGAUCUCGCUCAGCGGCGACUUCUGGGGUGGAAGCGCCAACGUCAAGGACCAGAAGGGUAAUGCGCUUGCCCACAUCUCGCGCGACAUGAUCAACGUCAAUGAAGUCGCUGCCGACCAGCAGACGUACUUUGUUACGGUCGCCCCUGGAGUCGACCUCGCGCUCAUUGCGUGCAUGUGUAUCGCAUUUGACGAGACCAAGAAUGAGGCGGAUCGUGAGGAGGACAAGGAGGAGAAGGACGAUUGA